CCGCCCCGCCCCCCUCACCCCGCUCUCUGCCUUGCAGGCAUGGUGGACAAGCACUCCGUGGAGGUCACCAACUGCUUCUCCGUCCCCCACAACGAGUCCGAGGAUGAGGUUGCAGUUGAUAUGGAGUUUGCCAAGAAUAUGUACGAGCUGCACAAGAAGGUUUCUCCCAGUGAAAUCAUCUUGGGGUGGUAUGCCACAGGCCAUGACAUUACGGAACAUUCUGUCCUGAUCCAUGAGUACUACAGUCGGGAGGCACACAGUCCAAUCCACCUAACUGUGGACACCAGUCUCCAGAAUGGACGUAUGAGCAUUAAAGCCUAUGUCAGUGCUCCAAUGGGGGUCCCUGGUAAAACCAUGGGAGUGAUGUUUACACCUCUGACAGUGAAAUACAUUUACUAUGACACGGAACGGAUAGGAGUUGAUCUCAUCAUGAAGACCUGUUUCAGCCCUAAUAGAGUGAUUGGUUUAUCCAGUGACUUGCAGCAGGUGGGGUCAGCAUCAGCUCGGAUCCAGGAUACACUGGGUAUGGUGCUGCAGUAUGCAGAAGAUGUGCUGUCUGGGAAAGUGUCUGCUGACAACACAGUUGGGCGUUUCUUAAUGGAUCUUAUUAACCAGGUGCCUAAGAUUUCACCAGAGGACUUUGAGACAAUGUUGAACAGCAAUAUCAAUGAUCUGCUGAUGGUGACCUAUUUGGCAAACCUCACACAGUCUCAGAUUGCUCUCAAUGAAAAGCUCCUGAGCUUGUAACAAACGGGCUCUCUAACCAUCUCACGAUUGGCUGAGAGCUGGAAGAUACAGCAGAGAUCUCCUGCGGUGUUUCGCUACUGAAUUUAUUUGGACCAUAAUUUAAUUGCGUAAAUGACUUAAUUAUCCAUGUCCUUCCCAACUCUCCUGAAAAUAUGAGACUGGUUCAAAUUAAAAAAAAAAAAGAAGAAAGUGGCCACAUCUUAACUGAACCUAUUACUUAAAGUGGAAUUGGUUCCUCUGCAGUGAUGUGAGCUGCUGUCACUCAUUUAUAUAAAAACACAACUCUUUUUAUUGUAAGGAUGCAUUGGUUCUAAAUAAAAAGUCCCAUUCCACUGGUAAUUUUUUCUUCUUUUUCUUUGUUUUUUGUCCACAAAUGCUGCUGCUUCCGAAAUUUUAAUGAAUGUCCUUUUUUAAAUAAAAAAGCUGGUCUCAGUAGAGGAAUCUAA